AUGGACAGUGAGUCUCCCGGGAGUUGGCCCCAGAUAUCUGGGGACUCGCUCAGCAUCACCGGGUCCUGCGCCCCAGCCAGCCCGCUCCGGUUUGCCUUACAGGUCUUGGAGACCUGUCACAGCCUGCAGGACCGAGCGCCUCAUUGCCCUCUGUCAAUCCCAGCGCCUCCCCUGCAGGCCGGAGGACCCGGCCCAGCCAAACGCCGCCGAACCGAUGAGCUGGAGUUUCUGGAGUCCGAGUCCGAAUUUGAGCCUGAGUCCGAGCCUGAGUCUGAGUCCGAUGUGGCACCCAGCCUGGCUGACGGGACGGAGCCCCCCAUAGAGUGCCCGCCCACGGCCCAGCUGGUUGUGCCCACUGGCUUUGCCCUGCACCUGCCUCUAGAGCACGUCGACCUGCUGCUGGAGCCGGAGUCCAUGUCCGUGGUGCAAAUGUCUCUCGGAGAUCAAAUCCUCAUGCUGGUCCCCGAGGCUCUCCUGGACUCGGACGUGGAAGCGCCGAGAGUACAGAUCCUGGAACCGGUUGCGGUCCUGAGCUCUCCCGGCGAGUACAUGGCCCUGGAGCCUGAAUUCUGCCCGGCUGUGCAAGGGAUCGCCUUCCAAGAAGAGGCCAAUGUAGACGAUGCUGACCAGCACGCCAACUGCCCGCAGCCUUGGAUGGAUGCUACAGGCAGCACCGUCUCUGUUCUCUGUGACCCAGAGCUGCAGGGCCCCUUCCUAGAGCCCUGGUGUCAAGAGACCAACCUUAGUCCAGAGAAAGGCUCUUCUCACCAUGAUGACCGCCUGGACUUGCACCUACGGAAGGCCUUCCACGACUCCCCACUUCAACCUGUACCUCCUUCUCCUAGUCCUGGUCCUGUGGAGAGUCGGAAGCGUCCUCAGGGUCCUCCUUGCAAGGCACAGAGAAGCCUGAUCCUGCAAUGA